AUGUCUGUGCAGGUGCAGAGUUUUGAGCGUCUGCUGCCAGCCAUCUACGCACCUCAAUAUAUUUAAUGUGUCCAUGUUGACAAAAAAUCUGAGGUCUCUGUCUUCUCUGCCACCAAGCCCAUCACUGAUUGUUUCCCCAAUGUCUUCAUAGCCAGCCAGAUUGUGAAUGUGGUCUACUCUGGCUGGCCACGUGUCCAGGCUGAUCUCAACUGUAUGGCUGAUCUCUAUAAUGCCAGCACAAAAUGGAAAUACUUCAUCAACCAUAGUGGCCGGGAUUUUCCUCUGAAAACCAACUUGAAGAUUGUAUGGAUGUUAGCCUCACUGAAGGGCGGCAACAGCUUGGAGUCAGAGAAAUUACCUGAGAGCAAGAAAUGGAGGGUGACAAAAUCUCACCAGAUAGUUGAUGGGAAAAUCCAGGUGGCAGGAAAGGAAAAGGGGCCACCUCCUUUCAACCUGAAUAUUAUGUCUGGAAAUGCCUACAUCAUGGUUAACCGAGGCUACGUCCGCAGCGUGUUGGAGGACGAGCGGGUACACGCACUGAUUGAGUGGGCCAAAGACACUUUCAGUCCUGAUGAGUUUCUCUGGGCAACCAUACAACUAAUGCCUGGUGUUCCUGUCAACCACAAAUAUGACAUGGCAGACAUCAAUGUCGUGAAAUUGCAGUGGCAUGAGGGGUCACAGGAUUCAUUGGAUGCAGUGUACCCAGAGUGUCAAGGCAACCAUGUUCGGGAAAUAUGCGUGUAUGGCCACCUCUUUGCCAAUAGGUUUGAUAUAGACACAGAUCCCAUUACUGUCCACUGUUUGGAGAAGUAUCUGAGUCAAAGGCUCUGGCUGGGUUACAUUGGAGGCCCUCUCAUUAAAACAACUUCUGCAGGUUAUGUGCAGACCUCCCAGAACAUGCAGGAAAACCAAUUCAAUGCUUGGAAUAAUGAGGUGCGGGGGGAAACUGACAUCGGAGAAGUGGAGUACCACCUGUGA